ACACACACACACACACACACGCGCGCGCGUGCGCGCGCACACACACACACACACACACACACACACACACACACACAGAGACACAUAGACGUCGAGAUUGGAGAUGGUUUGAGUUUUCAGAAGAAAAGCAGGCCGCGGAUCAGAAACACUGCGGAAAAAAAGAUUUCCGCUGUUGUCUCCUGGUUGUCCCCCUCGGUGUCCCUGUGUGUCCUGGAUGUGGACAUGGCUUUGAGGUCAUUAUGGCGUGAGUCAGCGUCAGUUUCACUCGAACACAGAGCACGUGUGUAAAAGAGCUUCAUCGGUCUGUUUCACAGGAAUUUAAAGACGCUGUGACAAUGCAGAAGAGACGGAGAACGUCUUCAUCAAGCGUCGCUUUGUUCCUCUACUCUGUUCUUCUCUCGCUUGUCCUGCCCAAGUGUGUGUCCUGCGCAGGUACGGACAAAACAGACAAAACGAUGGUGAACAAAGAGGAAUAUUUAAGUGCUAUAAUUAAUGCCACCGUGCAAGACAGCAAGGGAAACACCAAACGUGUGAUAUCAAAGGAGGACGGCAGGUACGGGCAGAACUCGCCCAAAUCGGAGGUGACGGGGAUAAUAAUUACACCUGCUGCUGUCAACGGAGUGGUGGACAUGCAGGGCUGCUGUCCGUACACUCGUUUCAUCAUUCCUCCAAAGACGACACACUGGAUCGCUCUGCUUCAGAGAGGGAAGUGUAUGUUCAAGGAGAAGAUCCUGAAGGCCGCCAACUUUAAUGCCUCCGCUGUGCUCAUCUACAACAACAGCUCCAAAGAGGACACAGUUACCAUGGCUCAUGAAGGCACCGGGGACACGGUGGCGGUGAUGAUUACUGAGUCGUUGGGGAAGGACCUGCUGUCUUUCAUGGAGAAGAAUGAGACGGUGUGGGUUUCGGUGUCGGUCGGUUCUCGGGGUUCAGCGAAGAACCUGAACCGCGGCUCGCUGGUGUUCGUCUCCAUCUCCUUCAUCGUCCUGAUGAUCAUCUCCUCCGCGUGGCUCAUCUUCUACUUCAUCCAGAAGAUCAGAGAUACUAAUGCACGAGAUCGAAGUCAGCGAAGACUCGGAGAUGCUGCGAAGAAAGCCAUCAGUAAACUAACAACUCGGACGGUGAAGCGAGGAGACAAGGAAACAGAACCUGAUUUUAAUCAUUGUGCUGUGUGCAUCGAGGGCUACCAGCUGAACGACGUGGUCCGCAUCUUACCCUGCAAACAUGUUUUCCAUAAGAUGUGUGUGGAUCCAUGGCUGAACGAACACUGCACCUGCCCCAUGUGUAAACUUAACAUCCUCAAAGCUCUAGGCAUCAUGCCCAACCUGCAGUGUGUAGAUAACGUGGGGUUCGAUAUGGAGCGAAUGACGCGUACUCACUCCUCCAGCCAGCGGGUGGCGCUGAUGGAUGUGUCGUCUGAGACGAGUGUCAGCGUGGAGCCUCUCACACGCUCCGGCUCAUCUCAGCUGCUGUCCGAUUCAGAGCUCACACACACGCACACACACCGCACCGGGGAGAUUAACAUCGCCGUAACCAACCCCGCCCACUCCCAAAGUGACCCCGCCUCCUUUUACUCUGUUAACAGAAGAGUGGUUUAUUGUGGGCAGCUUCGCCGUCCUCAGUGUUUUAACGCUAUGCUACAUGAUCAUCAGAGCCACCGGAAACAACUACGACAACACAGUUGUUUCUCUCUGUUUCAGAUCGGACCUGGCGUGAAGGCGCACAUCGGAUUUCCACGUUAAAUUAGUUUAUGUGGGAUUUUCCUCAGAGUAAACUAGCGGCUUUUCUGAUUUAUUAAUGAACUUCUGCUUCCUGUUUCUGAAGCUGUUUGGUUUUUGUUAUUUGCUUUUGAGAAUUUGUCAUAAAAUUUCAGUCUUUCAGUUUAAAAUAGUUUAAAACUUUCCCCACAACCUGCAUACAAACUAUAAAUAAAGCAAUAAAAAUAAAGUAAAGUAAAACCGUCAUCCAAAUAAGAACCAGAGUCACACUGAUGAUCAGACUUUAUUUUAAAUUUAGUAUUUAAAUGGACCAGAAGAUUAUGGAGUUAUUAUUCAGCUUAAAUAUGGUUUGUGAAAAUCUGGAAAAUAAAUGAAAAUAUACAGAAUGUACAGAGUUGUUUAAACCACAGCAGUGUUAUAGGCCCAGUGAGAUGAUGUACACACACACACACACACACACACACACACACACACACACACACACACACACGUGAUGACUGAACUGGUUUCUAUUGAAGAUAAACACAACAUUCCGCGUCUCGACUCUUCGGCUCCGAUGCCUCUUCACUGGAGUAAACACCGUGUCAUUAUUGGGUUUAAACUCUUUUCAGGAUUAAUUCCCUCUUUAUUAUUUAUUGUAAUUCAUUUCUAGUCAUGAAUGUGUCUGUGUUUAAUUGAGAAGAAGCUGCAGCUCUGAGUGAGAAGCUCAGCCGAGUUUAUUUAAACUCCUGCACUGUUUUCAUUUAUAAAGCAUUUCUUCUUUUGUUCUGAUUUGUCUGUUCUUUAUUUUUUAGUUUAGAGCAAAUCAACUUUAAAAUAAUUGGAAUACGUGUUAUUAUAAAACCAACAGCAAGGAGCAGUAAAGGGCUUCUUAGCUCCUGAACUUCUGUGGCGAUCAGUCAAAGUUUUUCUGUGAAGUUUUUUCUGUUUUUCUCUUUAACUUUAAGCCCUCAAUUACUUUAAAACAUAUAUUUGUUUAUGUCAGAUGAAGUACACACACACACACGCAUGUAUACACACGCACGCACGUAUACACACACACACACACACACGCAUGCACACACAUACACACAUACGCACACAUACAUACACACACUCACACACAUACGCACACAUACAUACACACACUCACACACAUACGCACACACACACACACACAUACACACCUUUAUCUCUCUCUGAGGUGUUUUCUGUUAAACUGAUUUGCACUAUUGGAAUAAAUCGUCUUUAAAACC